UGUAAAACAGCUGCAUGACAAAUCAUCCAAUGAUUUUGCUUUAAAGCCUUGAAACAUUUCCAACACUUUGAAAAUGGUAAAGAGUUUUAACUGACUUGACGUUUUGUGAAAAAAUCUAGUUCAUCAUCGAUAAAAAAUUUUACUUCUUUCCACUAAAGAAUGCAAUUUGCGGUUUGCUAAAGCGGAGGUGUUAUAAAGACAAGCACUUAUGCAAAUGUUGAAGUAGAAUUUUUAAUAAUGUUAACCGUUAAACUAUUCAAGAAGAAAAGCUAUAUAAAUUUCCUUUCUGUUUAAGAAAGUGGAUGAACACAGAAUAUAUCUUAAAAUCUUCACAUUGAAAGCUUACGAGGCCCACCGUUUUAAGUACCACACAAAUAUCGACGAGAUUCAUCGACGAUUUUAGAUCGACAAUGUCUUUAGCCUCAGAAAUCCAGCGAAGAGCAUCUCGGGCUUUUACCAAGGUGGAUUCAGGUUUUGUAUCAAACUAUGAUCCCCCAAAAACGCGACCUGUCAUUUUGGUUGGUCCAUCGCUUAAAGGACACGAGGUGACAGAUAUGUUACAUAAAGCCCUGUAUCAUUACUUAAAGACAAGGUUUGAAGGAAGAUUAAUUAUUCAUCGAUGUGAUUGUGACAUCAGUUUGGCAAAAAGAAAAGCGCUCAACCAUUCUGAACCAGUCUUUCCAGAGCACUCUGGUAACUCGUUGACAGUUAGCCCAAUGCGAACGUCAAGUCCAACUAAGACAGCCAACACUCUAAAAAAUGAUGAAGUCAAGCAAGAACUGGAUGUGAUUUUCAGCUUGCUUAACAAUAAGUCACAUUUAGUUGUGCUUGAUUGCAAGGCAAUUAAUUACCCUUCCCAAGUAAGCGAAAGUGUUCUUACACCAAUUGUUGUGUACAUCAAAGCUGUUCCAAAGGUCGUGGAAAAGUUGAUAAAAUUAAGAGGGAAGAAAGCCUCAAAAAAUUCAAUUGGUCAAAUUUUGGCAGCAAGAACUUUGAUCCAGACAGAUAAGGACGAAGUGGACAUUGUUAUCCCCGAAUCAUCUCUUGAGGUGGCAAGCCAGCAGCUGGGAGAUUACCUCGAACAGAACUGUGACAUUUUCUUGUAACAAUGACGCAGACAAUUAUUCCUGUUUCCGGUUUCGACUUACUGAGAUGAACCGUCUGUUGCAAUAUAUUUGACCUGGUUUCUACGUUUCCCAUAGCAAUCAUGUCGUAAGAAACUUUGGAAAAAUGAGGAUUUUUAGUAUUUCAAGAAUUUUAAUGUUUUAAAGUUUUUAAUGUUUAUGAAUUUAAUCAACAUAGAGUUCAGUAAAUUUGUCGGAGGAUUUUGAUAAAUUUAAGGGAUAUUAGCAUGAAGCGAUAGAAGCAUUAGUUUUCUGAUGCUUUUAGGUCAAAUUCAGUGAACUGUAAAAUGAACUGAAACGGUGAACAAAAUACUCUAUUAUAGUAUGAUUAGAAUUAUGCCGAUUGACACACAGGAACUGCCUAGGGACUGGGGAGACUUCCAAUUUCCUUGGCAACCAAUAUGGCUACUCGUAUGGUGUAUUUGCAACAACUUAAAGUGGAUACAUUUCACUAAAUCUCAUUUCAAUGUUUUUAAAUUUUUCGUGCAAAUAUAUUCGCAAUACUUGAAAAAAAUAGACUGGAUUGACAUGCAUGACAGCCAUCAUACUGGCUUCAAUUAUGUCGGCAAAGUUAUCGUUUCAGUUAUUGCAGCUUACUGGUCAAAUGAAGUUUAUUUGAUUGUUGUUGUUCGUUUUAGAAAAAAGCAACAAUUAUUUAUCGAACUUGGAAAACAAGCGUAAACAAGAACAAAAAAUAUAAGCACUAACUGUGCAAUGUUUUCCCAAUUUCAAUAAGAAUGUCUUGACAAAA